AUGGGUAAAGACUACUACAAAACCCUGGGCAUCUCUAAAGGAGCCACGGAGGAGGACGUGAAGAAAGCCUACAGAAAACAGGCGCUGAAAUGGCACCCGGACAAAAACAAGUCUGCAUCCGCCGAGGAGAAAUUCAAGGAGAUCGCGGAGGCUUAUGAAGUCCUGAGUGAUCCGAAGAAGAAGGAGAUUUAUGACCAGUAUGGAGAGGAAGGUCUCAAGGGAGGAAGUGGACCCACUGGCGAUGGACCAGGCAACACUUUCACCUACACCUUCCACGGGGAUCCUCACGCCACCUUCGCCACGUUCUUCGGCGGCUCAAACCCCUUCGAGAUGUUCUUUGGGCGUAAAGCCAAUGGGCGAGACGACGAUGACAUGGAGGUGGACGGGAACGACCCCUUUGGCUCCUUCACCAGCUUCAACCUGAACGGCUUCCCCCGGGACGGCCACAUCGGGCAGCAGCGCCGGAAGCAGGACCCGGCCAUCGUCCACGACCUGAGGGUCUCCCUGGAGGAGGUCUUCCACGGCUGCACCAAGAGGAUGAAGAUCUCCCGCAAGAGGCUGAACCCAGACGGCAGGACCAUGCGCAACGAGGACAAGAUUCUCACCAUCGAGAUCAAGCGGGGCUGGAAAGAGGGGACGAAGAUCACGUUCCCGCGGGAGGGAGACGAGUCGUCAAACACCAUUCCUGCCGACAUAGUUUUCGUCAUCAAGGACAAGCCACACCCUCACUUUAGGCGGGAAGGCUCCGACAUCGUGUAUCCUGUUCGCGUGAGCUUACGACAGUCGCUGUGCGGAUGCUCGGUUACCGUGUCAACAAUAGACGGCCAGACGUGCAACAUGAAGAUCACAGACGUCGUCAAGCCCGGCUUGAGAAAGACUGUGGCCGGACAGGGCCUCCCCUUACCCAAAAACCCAGAGCAGAGAGGAGAUCUGGUGGUGGAGUUUGACGUGAACUUUCCCGAAACGUUGCCCGGCAACGCCAAGGACGUGUUGAAACGACAUUUACCUGCUUAGGACCGAAGGACAGGGACCGAACGAGGGGAGACAACCGCAUGACAGCACCCCCCUCGUUACCCAACAGACUCACACGGACAGUUUGGACAGCUCACAGAUGGACCUCCUACCAGCUAAUGAGCAGUUUCUAUUUUUGAGCUGGUUGGUGUUUUUAUAAACACCGUGCAUGCUGCCGAGUCGAUACAGGCGACAGACCGACUGUUGAUAUCUGAGAGUACACAAGUUACAUACGUGGGUCUUUUUCCACAAUAACGUUACCUGCUCGUUUGAUGGAAGUGUUUGGCUGUGAAUGAGUCAACAGCUGCCAGA